AUGAAUAUCAGUAUGCGCUCCAGCCAGUCCUCUUACGGGGACCCGCGGUACCUCUCAACAAUGACCGCCUCCGAUGCUCCAGCCCCGGUGCCGCCGCACGGAAAGACACUCGUGGACGGGUAUCGGGAUGCCUUGGACCCCCAACAUGAGGAGCGGUCGCGAUACAACCCACUCAACCCGGCUCACCCGCGAAGCUCGGCCCUCCUGAACGCCAACGACCCCGUGGCCAUGUACCUGUUGACCGAGACCGCCCUAGGGGAUAGCACGAACUACGAAGUCCUAUCCUUCGAGGAGGUGGAAGAACUCAAGAAGGAAGUCACAUUGCUGUCCACUCGCAUCCAAAGCACGAAACGGAAACUGGCGCUCGAAACGAAACUACGUGACGCGGCGCAGUCCCUCGGUAGACUUUACAGCCCACCCAGCCCGCGAAGCAGCGGCGAAUACGGUGCCAAUGGCGGAUCAAACUCGAACCGGAUGAGCCGGGGUAUAUUUGGUCGCAGUGGGGCUUCCGAGGCCCUCGAUAAGAGUGACUCUGAACUCGCAGUCAGCCAGCGGCGAUGCGAGGAGUUGGCGCAGGAACUCUGGAAGCUCGAGAAGAGGUCGCAGAAGAUCAGCCAGCGCUUGCUGGAGCAUACUGCGGGUAUUUUGCAGAUGACACACAAAGGUCUGAAGAAGGGUCCUAAGAACCCUACCACUUCGGAUAGCACCUAUGAUGAUCAGAAAUUCGACGACCGCAGUCUCUACCGGACAACUGAGCAUUUGGAUAGCUUUGGUGUGAACGGGAAGAUUGAGACCAAUGCGGCCGCCGCGAUGAAUACCGAGGCUAUGCAGGCCACAGAACGACGAUUGGAGGAACUAAGCGAGCGCAUGCAUGAUAUGAUGAUACAGUCCAACCCCGGUGAAUUCGUCGAUCCUCCCCCGCAGCUGCCAGGGAGUGGAGGGCCCGUUAAUCCCACAUCAACGGUCGAUGCUCAUUUGACCUAUAUCGAGAGUAGUAUGAGUAAUAUCGUUUUGCAUACGGGAGAAGUUUCUGCUCCCUCGGCUGCUCGCAGUAUUGCACCUGAGGCCGAGGACGCCUGGAAACACAAACUCACCGAAAUCAACAACCAAGUGCAAACCAUCGUUGAUCGGUUUGGUUUGACCCGUUCACCGACCUUGCCUCCGCCCCCUGAUGCGUCUCACGGCGAUGGGCUGCAAGAACAACUCUCAUACCUUCAGACUGGUGUAGAUGGCCUGGAGAGCCGAGUGGAUGGAGUACUUGAGCAAAAGAGUAUUCUCACCACGCAAAUCCAGCAGCAGCGCGAGCUCAACUCCAAGUCGGACGCCGAACGCGAUGCCCAUAUCGGCGACCUGACGGAACAGUUGACUCAAGUUCGCAGAGACCUUGAAGUAUCCGAGCGUGAAGGCAAUGCCAACCGCGACGAGCUGGCUCUUGUCAUGGGACAGCUCAACGCAAUGCGCCAGAAUGGCACUUCUCAGGAAGAAGCCAAGGCAACUCUGGUUCAGGCCGAGGGCGAAGUCGCGCGUUUGCAAAGCGUUGUUGCCUCGUUGCACAGCGAAGCUGAUGUCAGGACCAACGAAGUCAGCCAAGCCCUGGAUGCCCAGGAUCAAGCAGAGGCCGAGGUUAAGCGCCUACAACAAUACAUUGACGAUCUACAGAGAGACAACGAUGCCAAAGUUGAGGAAGUGAGUGAUGCCCGCGACCGCGCAGAAGGAGAGGUCAAACGCUUAGAGGUUGUCAUUACAUCAUUGCAAAAUGACACCAACGCUAAGAGCGAAGAGGCCAGGGAGGCCCGCGAGCAUGCGGAAGAUGAAGUGAAGCGUCUCCAGGUGGUCAUUGCAUCUUUGCAGAAUGAUAAUGAUGCUAAGAGUGAAGAGCUUAGAGAAGCCAGAGAGACCCACGGCCAUGCGGAAGACGAGGUCAAGCGCCUAGGGGUCGUCAUCGCAUCGUUGCACAAUGACCACGACGCUAAGAGUGAAGAGGUCAGAGCGGCCCGCGACCAUGCGGAAGAUGAAGUGAAGCGUCUACAGGCCAUCAUUACAUCGUUGCAGAAUGACAACGACACUAAGAGCGAAGAGGUCAGAGAGGCCAGAGAGGCCGGCGAUCAUGCGGAAGACGAAGCCAAGCGUCUCCAGGCGGUCAUUACAUCGCUGCAGAAUGAUACCGACGCUAAGAGCGAAGAGGCCAGAGAGGCUCGCGAUCAUGCGGAAGACGAAGUGAGGCGCCUAGGGGUCGUCAUUGCAUCAAUGCAAACUGAAACCGACGCUAAGAUGGGAGAGGCCAUAGAGGCCCGCGGCCGUGCGGAAGACGAAGUCAAGCGUCUCCAUGCCAUUAUUGAGACUUUGCAAAAUGACACCGAUGCUAGAGGCGAGGACGUCAAGGAAGCCCGGGACCGCGCGGAGAAUGAGGUCCAACGCCUGCAGAACGUCGUUGAAACGCUGCAAAACGAUAGCGAUUUCAGGUCCGAGGAAGUUAGGGGUGCUCGUGACCGCGCAGAGCAAGAGGUGGCUCAACUUGAAGCCGCAAUCCAACAAAUCCGGAUUCAAUCCGAUGCCCGUAUCAAGGAAGCGGAUGAUCAGCGCGCGCAAUCCGACCACAACGUCACUCGCCUGCAGAAUGAGUUGACUGAACUUGAAGGCGAGAUUGUGCGGGUCACAACUGAACUGACAAUGGCCAAGGCAGAGCUAGACGGUGCCUAUGGUACUCGAGCCGAACGCGCGGCAGAGGUGGCUUCCAAUCCUAGUGUCCAAAGGGAGAAUGAUGCUCUGGUUACUCGAAACAUCGAGCUCACUGAAGAACUGGCUGCUCUGAAGAGCCAGCGAGGAGGCGGCGAUCUUCAGCAGCGGGUGGAUACUCUUGAAAGAGAACUUCGUGAGACCCUCGAUGACUAUGAAGCCAUGACGAAGGCCAGCAUCGAGUUUGAGAAGGAACGCGAGCGCUUCGAAAGUUUCAUUGACAGUCUCCGGGAUCGUUGUGAGCAACUCGAGACACAACUGGCGGAAGAACGUAUCAGCUGGAUGAAUUUGAGUAGUCCCACAUCUAUAGGCCGCGAUGGCACUUCUGAGACGACCUCUACUAUGGUGCUCAAGAAUGAGUUCAAGAAGAUGAUGCGUGACACGCGCAACGAGAACAUGAAGAUACUGAGGGCCGAACAAGAAGAGCGUCGCAGAAUUGAAGGAUUACUGCGAGCCCUAAGAAAGGAGCACGCCCAGGUGACUGGCAAGCCAAUGCCCAGCCCAGGUGGCACUCCAUUAUGA